AUGGCCCUGCUGCUUCUUGACGCCUCCUGCCCUGAUGGAAGCUUUAUUGUUGACCGGGCCGGCCUUUGCCUUGGUGGAGGCCGUGUGGGUCUCCUGACCUUCUGGGAUGGCCCCGGGUGGGGUGGUCCUGGGAUCGUGUCUGUUUUCAUCCCAUGUGUCCAGUUUCCUGCUUUACCUCUCCGUCAUGGGACUGGUUCUGGUGACGUCCUCCUCAGUGCCUUCUUUUCUGUCCUCUGUCUCACAGCCUCAUCUCCUAAGUCCUUCCCUCCUCCUGGCUCCUCUCUGUCCUGUCUGGGCUCUGACUCAUCUUCUCCCAGAAGCCCUUGGCCGGCCUUGGCCUCAGGGCCCAACAGCCGUAAGCAGGUCACCUUGCUGCCACCCUUCCUGAGUGACCAGGCACAGCAAGUGCAGGCUCUGGGGACCUUCUACCUCUUCUGCCAGGCCACAGGUCCAGCAGACGUCCGCUUCAUCUGGGAGAAGAACAGGCAUGUCCUGGACACGUGUGUACCUAUGCAGACCCACGCGCUGCCCGAUGGCGGGGCCUAUGCCCUCAGCUGGCUUCGGGACACCAUCCAAGAAACCACCGAAUAUAGCUGCUCUGUCCUCUCCUCAGCAGGGAACCAGACCUCAAAGGUUCACAUCACUGUGAUGAGACGCGAGGCACUGCAGCAGGAGAAGUGGAGCCAGGAGCUUGCGGCGUGGCGUGCUGUGGCUGGGGAACAUGACCGGCUGAUGCAGGGCUGGAGGAAGGCAUGGGAAAGCUGCAGCAAGGACACCUUCUAGCCACCUGAGGCAGUUCUCGACAGAUCCCAAGCGGCCUUGCUGACACCAGCUGCAGACAGAAGGGACAGCACCUAUAGCACAAGCUGUCGUGUCUUGGCUGGCUCCACACAGCCAAUUGCCACAGCCCGAGUGUCCCUUCCUAGAGGCUGGGAAUCUCUAGGCCUGAACCCCAGGAAGCCUGAGACAUCAGCUGCUUCUGUAGCAGAAAGAUUGGUCUGCCUGGCAGAAACAGGUAGCUGCGUUUAGGAGGCUCCCCACCCAAGCAGAUGACAGAGCAGCAUGUGAAGGCCAACUGACGACAGCCACCCUGCACUGUCCCCAGGACUUCACACACACCUGCACUUCCCUCUUCCCCCCCAGGGUCAGCACAGCUAAUCUCCACUCUGGUUCCUUAGAUCUCUGUCAAGUCUGCUGAUGUGGCCACCUAGGAAACAGGUUGUUCUAGGGUCUAUGCUGGGAGAGGAGAGGGGAGAGUCCACUGAGAAUAUUUUGCCUUAAACCUUGAGUGACGCUUAUCUCAGAACCCAAGGCUGUUUUCCAAAGCACAGUGCUUCCCACCCAUUUACCCUGCCAGUGUUCCACUUCAGAGGUAGAAAAGCCAAACAGGUCAAUUAUGCAAACCUUCUGGUGCCGUAUUAAACUGUUUUCCAGUGCUGAGUUAGCAUGUCUUUAGGUCUUUAUAUUACAGUUAAUCUUUGAAGCUUGUGGGUGGGUGUGACCUGGGGGAGGUGUGGCUCAAGACCUGCUCAGCCUUUAAUCUUGGCAGACAAGUCUCUUCUUGUCAAUCAUAAAACCUAAAACUCUGUUCAAAACAAAGCCACGCCCUUCUAUGAUACCUGGAAACAGUGCCUUGCUCAACCUGCUCAAUGUCCUUUCUUUCUGGGACAAAAUCAGGUAAGCUACAGGUGUGGGGUUAGCUGGCCCCUCCUGAGCCAGUUCUGGGCAGAGACACUCUGAUGGUCCUGCGUACUGUCUUCUUGUCCAAGACUGCCCGGCACCUGUUCACCCAUCUGGCUAAUGCACACUAACAUGCUCGCAGCACCCUCAUACCUGGGAACACAAUUUUCCUGUGAACUAUUUUCACUGGUUAUAUUUGAGGUGUGGCUUGACAGUGUUUCCUGUAUCUUCCAUGAACACUGGAUCUGUCAGGACCCGUCUAUGACACAAAGCAAUCACACACCGAGGCAGCAGAGGAGGCUCCGGCAGAAGUGUGUUUAGUAAGAUUCCCUGUUCAGCUGCAACAGUGGGCAUCUGUCCUUGUGUUCAGUCUGGUGCUCAUUCCUGUCACCCUGCCCCAGGCACUCCUGGCACAGUGGGGGCCAAGGGAGACUGGUGACUUCACCUGAAGCACUGGCCUCCAUAGGAGGCCAACAGAGUGAUAGCACAACCGGGUGCCUGGAAGGGAACCUGUGAGGUCAACUGGGAGGGACCGCUGAGGCAGAAUGAGCUCUGAAGCCCACCCAAGGGCUCCUGCCUGGGCCCGGAGCCUGGAUUAGCAGACGUGUGCAACAGACAUCUCGGGGCAGGAAGCCCUCAAAUCAUGAGACAUUUAAAACAGUUUUGGUUUUGUAUUUUUUUGGGGGGGGGGGGAGGGU